GGGUCCUCAAUAACUCAAGGCUCUUUGACUUACCUGUUAGUGACCCAGAUACACCACUGAAUCAGUUGGUAUUUACUUCAACUGAACUUACUGCUGACAGAUAUGUCUACAUAAGUGGGUUAAGCUUAUUCAAUGUUAAGCAGUUUGACAGAGAAGUAAUUCCCCAACAUACUGUUACUGUAAGAGUUGCAGACCCUCAAGGAAAUACUGCUACAGCUACUGUCAUUAUAAUUGUACAAGACAUCAAUGACAACAGCCCUGCAUUUGGACAAAGCCAGUACACUUUCAGUAUACAAGAAAACCAACCAGUGACCACAAUUGUUGGCUCAGUUUCAGCUACAGAUGCUGAUGAGCCCAACACACCAAACUCAGCCCUAACAUAUGGCAUGGUCCAGACAUUGGACUUUGAUAAAUUUACCAUAAACCUAUCAAGUGGGCAGCUGUCUUCCAAUGCCAUAUUUGAUUAUGAAACAAAACAGCAAUACCAGAUAGUUGUUAGAGUCUCUGACAAUGGAAAUGCCCCACGGACUACAGUCGUGCCAGUCACAGUCAACAUUUUAGAUCUUCAAGACAAUCCACCAUUAUUCCAAGUUCUCAACACAGAGGUCUCAAUUAAUGAAAAUGUUGCAAAUAUACUUGUGGCAACUCUUAAGGCUGAUGAUGCUGACUCUGUUAAGAGCUACAAUUUUGUCCUGGCUGAUAAUGCAGACUCUUCAGCUUUCUCUGUACAAACUGUGAUCAAUGAGGCAAGAGUUUAUUUAAACACUGCACUGGACUAUGAGGUGAAAAUCCGCUACACUUUCCAGGUGACAACUCAAGGAAUGAUAGGAAAUAUUUUGUACACAACGGCCUCAGUCACAGUCAAUGUUUUGGAUAUGAAUGAUAACCCCCCAGUGAUUGGACAAUACUCUGCAACAGUUACUGUACUGGAAACUGUAGCUAUAGGCUCAGCUCUGAGUUAUUUAACAGCUACAGAUGCAGAUGGGACUUCACCAAACAACAGGAUAGAGUACAAAGUCCAAAGUGUCAGCCCAAACAGUGUUAGCAACCUCUUCUAUGUUGGUGAGAAGAGUGCUAUUCUAACAGUUGCAUCCUCACUCCAAGCUGACAGGACUGUCAACACUUAUACUGUCAAUGUCAUUGCCUUUGAUUUAGGCACACCAUCUUUAACUGCCACAGGGACAGUCACUGUGACUGUAAAACGCAACACUGCACCAGUUUUCCAAGGUAGCUCAACAACUAUUCCAGCUGUAAAUGAGAAUAUUGCAAUUUCUACUUCCAGUAGAAAGUUUUAAUACUUUUGUAGCAGGAUAUAUUUUUUAUAAAUAACUUCUGAUUGUCCAGUUGCUCAGAAGCUCAGUUUUAUUUUAGCUUGAAUACAAUUUUUGGCCAUUUUGAAUUUGAAUUCAACCGAGAUACGUUUUUCUUCCGGAAAUACACAGCCUGAUCAACAUUUUUACCAAAGUUUAUCCAAAAAAUUUAAUCACUGAACAUUCUGUGGUAAGUAAACAAUAUUAUCAUUUAUGAUAGAUUU